AGUGACUCGAUUCUUUGUAUCAAGUUUCAGUUUCAGUCGGAGAUUAUACGAUCUUUGCUGACGUUCUACAUUUAUCCUGAGAGGCAAUGGAUGGAAACCUCAAGUCGGAACAUAAAACUUCGAUCUUAGAAUUUAUCGGCAGUAGAGCUAAAGACUUUAAUCUACUGUAUAGCUUCAUUCGUGACGAGGCUAAUGCUACAACAUUUCAUAAAAAAUGUGACAACAAAGGUCCAACUGUUACUGUUAUUUACAACACAAAAAAUUCUAUAUUUGGGGGAUAUGUUGAAAAAAAUUGGAUCUCAUGCGGCACUGGACAUUACAUAAAAGAUGACAAGGCUUUUUUGUUCCGCUUAAAGUCUAAGGGCAAUGAUGCUUUGAAUAAGUUUCCUGUAAAAGAAUCAGAUAAGGCCUUUUACUGUAUUGACACUCAUGGCCCAGUAUUUGGAUCAGGCCAUGAUUUAGAUGUAUUCAGAGACACCCUUUCCUUGCAAGGAAAUCAGUUCAUUCUAAAUGGAGACAUGCAGAUGGGAAAAACCUAUGACAUGGGUGGAGUUUCAGUCGAGAAUGUAACGGAUAAUGUCAACACUGUAUUUAACGUUGAAGUGUACAGCUUAUCAGAGCCACAAUUAUCAAGUGUUUGGAGAGUGUCGCCUGGCUGGGAAUCGGAGGAUUUGAUGCUAUUGAAGAGAUACGCUGAAUCAUAUAGGCCUCCGGAUGGCCUUGAUGUUGAAACGGCUAAUAUAUUAGUGUUAGGACCGGUAGGCGCUGGUAAAUCAAGCCUUUUCAAUACAGUAGCAUCUGUAUACCGUGGCCAUAUCUCAGACCAAGCUGUUAGUGGAAGUGCAGAGAAAAGUAUUACGUCAGAGUAUCGCAUGUAUCGUGUCCGAAGUUCUCAAAAGAGAAAGCCACUGCCAUUUUGCCUCUGCGACACAAUGGGUUUGGAGGAAAGCCAAGGAAUAGAUGCUCAAGAGCUGUCAUACAUAUUGGAUGGUCACGUUCCAGAUGGAUACAAGUUUAAUCCAAUAAGACCGAUAUCUAAUGAAAUCCAUGGUUUUGUGAAGUUUCCAACACUUGGACAGAAAAUUCAUUGUGUGUGUUUUGUUUUUGAUGGAAACACAGCGACCAUUUUGUCAGAGAAUAUGCUUGAAAAAGUUAAAAACAUGCAGGCAAAAGUUAGGCAGAAAGGGCUUCCACAAGCCAUUGUGCUUACAAAGAUUGACAACGUUUGUUCCUAUGUCGAAGAAGAUAUAACGAAGGUCUAUCAGAGUAAAACCAUAAAAAACCUGGUCGACAAAGUAUCUAACAUCUUUGGUGUACCUCGAAGUUUUAUUCUUCCACUGAAGAAUUACGAAAAAGAGAUAAAUGUGGACAAAAACGUGAGCAUUUUAGCAAUGCAUACACUGAAACGGCUUCUAUUGUCUGCAGAGAAUCAUCUCUUUAACUUCCUAGAUACACUGGAUGUCAAACAACAAGAAGUUGAAGGCCGCCAUGGCAAUUGAUAUGAAGUGUACCUAUUACUGUAACAAUUGAAUUGUUACGACCGAGAAAAUUGUUGAAAUAUUCUGACAUUUAUUAACUGAAUUCAACCAUGAAAUGGAGAAAACUCGGAACAUUUUCAGUGAAGCUUACAAACAAAACACGACAGAAUACACGAUAUGCAAACAACAUU